AUGGGCGUGGAGAUCGAGACCAUCUCUCCGGGCGACGGAAGGACAUUCCCCAAGAAGGGCCAGACGUGUGUGGUACACUACACAGGAAUGCUCCAAAAUGGGAAGAAAUUCGAUUCAUCCAGAGACAGAAACAAACCUUUCAAGUUCCGAAUCGGCAAACAGGAAGUCAUCAAAGGUUUUGAAGAGGGCGCAGCCCAGGUAGGAUGA